AUGGUUAAACUUGAGCAAUUUUUCCUCUCUAAUGUGGCGCUUUACAUCAACGCAUUGGACAGUCUUUAUAAUUUUGUGGAAAUCAACCACAAGUGUAAAAACAGUUUGCAAACACUCCACAUAAAUCCAUAUGUGAAAUUUGACGGCUAUCCACUUUUAAAUCGGUCUGUUUAUUUCUCGCAAUUUCAAAAACAAUUCAAAUUCUAUUUUGAAUUUAUUCCAAACAUUGAGACUGUUCAAUGCUCACAUUCGAUGCUAGGUGCAAGACUUAAAGACUGUGGCGUUAUAGACAAGGUUAAAAAGAUCCGAGUCGUAGACGAUGCUUUUAAUAAAUUCCAUUUGAAAACUUCAAAUGAUAUAUACACAAACAAAAGAGUUUGGAGCAAAAUUGAGUGUGUUGAUUUGACUAAAUUUUCAGGUGUUGUGUAUCAAGAUAAAUCAACAUUAAAGAGUCUUGUCACAGUGAGGUGCACAACACUCCGCCCAGAAAUACUUUCCAAAAAUGCAAACUUUUUGUUUUCUCCUCAAAUCCACAAAAUUGUAUUUUACGACGUCGUUUUUAUUAACUUUUUUGAUGACUUGAAACGUUAUGUCGAUUUGCGAGUGUCACUUGGUGGAAAUCCAAGUGACAUUUGUUUAAUCAUUCCCAACUCAAUAUUCCGAAUUACGAUGAACACUCAAUUUUUGGAGAAAAUUGAAUACUUCAGAAAUCUUGGUGUUGUCAUCUGUGACUUGGGAGAAAACUGUGAUGAGAUAUUUAGUGUUCUCGACGAGAAAAUCAAAAAGCGGGUGUUUAUUUAUGGAAAAUAUAUUAGCGAAUAUCAUAGGUUUGAUCAAUUCAAUUAUUGGGAGGACGAUCUUGAUGUUAAAUCUGAUAAAGAAAUGUGUUUAAACUUUUUAAAGGAAGAAAAACAAGAAAACAACUUUUUUGAAGACUUCAAAAAACGAAAUUUAGAAAUGGUGGAAAGGUGUGCGAGUAAAACAACAUAUUUAAAAUCAAACCUGUCUGGACUUAUGUUUGCCAAUUACGUUCUUCAUAAAAAUGUCAGAGAAAUCUUCUUUCCACAGCGUGGAAUGGAACAAAUGGUUUUAAAAGGAGUUGCUAAUGUUAAAUUAGACGAAUUUUCAUGUAACAGAUUUGAGUUGAAUAAGUGUAUGGAUGUUGACAUCUACCUCAAAAAUACAAAUUUUGUGCGAAUAGAUUGGGGGUGUAAUAUUAAAAUACAAUUAAAAAGCAAAUGUGAUUACUUUUUAGUUCAACAUGUUGAUGGAUUGAGCAUUAAACAAGAUGGAGACUUUCCUUUGUUGUUGACUCAAUUUUUUGAAUGUGAAAAUGUUAAACUUUUAAAUAUAACUUCCCAUCAAUUUAUAUGUGAAAAGUGCAAGAAUUUGAAUUUCAAAAAUAAUUGUUUUGAAGUUGCAUAUUUCGUGUUUUGUUGCAACUUAAAUUUGAGUUUACAACAAGACGUUUCGACUCGUAACAAAUUCAAAUUAAAAUUACACCCAAAAGUCGUGUUUUUGAAACUUGAAAGGAGUUGUGUUGAUGGUCUUCAAAAUGGUACAAAGACAAAGAUAACAAACAGUGAUUUCUCACAAUUUAACAACACUUUUAUCCAAACACACAAAGAGCUUUUAUCUCAUUUCUACUCAGCCGUGUUUGUUGGCAAAAACAUAAUUAAAGGGACAGUGAAUGACCCACAAAAACUUGCAAACCUACCCAAAUCACUUCCUUUUGUUUUAAAAAUCGACUCAUUCAAAAAAGGAGUUUUUGAGUUUGGAGAAACCAAGAAAGUAAUUUUGAAAGUCCCCAGUGGCAGUACUUUUGUGUGUGAAAAUGUAGAAAUUGUAGUAUGGGAAAAACCAACAGAUAAGCCAAUAAGAGAUAUUUCAACUACAUUUAUAGAAAAUAUAAAAACUUUGGAUAUUCACAAAAUUGAUAAAAAGAUAAAAAGUUGUCAUAAAUAUGAAGAGCCGGAAGAUGAGACAAAACCCAAACAUUGUAAAUUUUGCACUACUGAUGACUAUUGUUGGUUAAAUGUUGUUGAUGAUAGUAGCGAAGAAAAAAGUCUAUUAAAAAACACAAAAAUUAAUUUUGAUAAAUUGCCAUCUAAAGGUAUUACAAUUAUUGGUAAAGUCGCUCAUCGUGUUGCACUUUUUAAAAAUUACACAAAGCCGUCUUUUAAAAUUGAAAAAGGAAAUUUUGACACCACAAUUGUUGUUUGUGACUUGGACAACAUGAAGUCCAACGACUUUAGUAAUAUACAAACUGAAGAAGUCAUUUUGAGGAAGAGCAAAAAUAAUGUUAUGUUGAAGUUCUUUGACGUCGAUUUAGAAUCUCGUGUAUAUUGUCCUUAUAACCCAAACUAUAAAAUGCCAAGGCCUGGAUUUUACACGAAUUACCCACAAACUAAAUUUAUGCGACUCCCUAACCCACCAUUCUAUGCUAAGAAAUAUGACUUUUCAGAAGUGAAAUUAAGCAAAGUCACAAAAAGACUCAAAAGUGGCGAUUUGAAAAUUGAAAAAGUUAACCGCCUCAGAGAAAUUGCAACAGACGGUCAACGAACUAUUUCUGGAAAUUACAUGGUUGGUAGAAAUUGUUCAAACGUAAGUUGGGCGCUUUGCUCUAAAAUUGUGUGUUUGAAAACUGUGGAAAAAUUGGUUGUCAUUAAUUGCAACAAUCUCACAAAAGUUGUUCUUUCACCAAACACAAAAUAUGUUCACCUUCAAAAUUGCCAAAAUCUCGUUGAAAUUGAAGGAGCAACUCAAAAAACCAAAAUUGGCGAGAAACCGGCAACCAUUUUCUUUUUCUUCUUUGAAAAGCUGAUGAAUGAAAAAAAAGUUCAGUCUAUGUUUUGGCGGUAUUUAAGAAUGUUUUUGUAUUUAAAAUACAAUAUAAAAACAAUAGUCAGCAAAAAAACACAUAUAUUUCUUUUGUGUUUUUAA